AUGUCUGCCAUUGAAUACAAUAAUUUGCUUUUUAAAAUAAGCCAGAGACUGAACGAGUUGAAUGUAGGAAGACAAUUGCUUGUUAUGUGCAGAGGGAUGGUGGCGCCUCGCGAUGAAGAAAACAUGCAAGAUGUCUUCCCGUUGUUUGUAGAGUUGGAGCAGAAUGGUUUUCUUAGUGAAGAUAAAUUGAAUAUUUUAAAAGAUCUUUUAAAAUGCAUUGAAGAAUGGUCACUUUUUGGGAAUGUCAAAUCGUUCGAGAGUAAACGAAAGGGAUAUAACAACUUGUUGGAGAGAAUUAUUCAUGUUCUAGACGAGCUCGAUUGUCUCGAACAGCUUGUCGCCAUUUGCAAUGAUCGGAUACCGGAAGAAAAGCAUACCAGCAUACAAGAUGUUAGAUCACUGUUUCAGGAACUGGAAAACAACUACUCUUUAGGGAUCGAUCAUCUUGAAGUCCUGAAGGAGAUUUUGACCAGACAGGAGAAAACAGAUUUACUUCGGGAAGUGGAGGAGUUUGAAGACGGAAAAAACCAAGAGGAAGAAUUUGAAUGGCGAAAAGGUAUUGUUAUCGUUCGUGAUUCUUCCGUGGGUCUAUCCUUACGAUUCGUCACUACGAUUUCUGCUGAUUUUUCUAUACUUGUUUUCUCGCCCUUGUAACCUGUUUUAGGACCCUUUUUGUACUUAAAGGGACCAAAUGAAUGUCUACUGUCUCAAUAAUUACGAAAACUUUUCAUUUCAGCACAAGCAGCUGCGAUAGCGUCGUCGGCGAGCAGAAAUUUAGCUGGAGGUAAGUUGCGCUCGUAAUUAAGCUCCACGCACAUAAUGGGACUUCCGGCCUCAGCUCACUGGGGAGGCACGGCCUCUUGAACAGAGACAAAGAUCUCAGUCCAGUGGUUUUUCUCAUAAGUGAGAAGUAUAUGUUAAUUUUUGUUAUGAUUGAUUAGAUCUUCUGUUCAGUACUGAUAUAAAAUAUUUAGACACUGGCAAACUGUUUAACAUUUCACGACUAGUGAGCCUAUGUUAGAACUCUUUCAGCCAUAGGUAUAUCUUGGUUUUAAUGCUUAUUCGGAUCAGAUAGCUGAUAGAAUUCAAAACGGUCUAAACGUUUCAGUGUAAGAACGUGCAAGCGGUAAAACGUCUGGAGCGAGAAGAAGCCGCGCGCGCUCAAGCGCCAGCUCAAUUGGCUGCCUAUCAAACAGAUUUUAUUGAUCUCAGAGACUCGGUUAUAUUACGUUAUUAUUCGCUCACAAUAUUUUCCCUAUUCACAUUGGCUAAAAGCACAUGUUUAGUUCACCAUAACCAGUUACUGAUGACCAAAUUUGGAAGAAUUUUGUGUUUAACGAGGAAAUGACGUCAAAAAUGCAGCAUUUUCGCAGGUUAAGGCACCGUUAACCAAGAAGACCUGGGGACGAGGUUGAGUUGUUUUUGUUGUGAACUUGAAAAUGGCGGACAUUUCACUCGUUUCAAGAGUAAGAACUAGGCGAAAAAAUAGCUAAAAACAUGGCAAGAACAGCAAGAAGACAACUCGAAGGGCGACAUCUGCUAUUUGGGGAAUAUUUGGGGAGCUGGACAAACCUAAACGUGCACUAUCGAAGAUGAACUUAACAUCGAUGAAUCGAUGGAGGGAAGCAUGUUUUAGCCAUGUUUUUAAAGUAGGAAUUAUUUUAAAUUAAUAAUAAAACAAUUAUUGAAUUCGGCUUUCGUAUCAUAUGAAGAAUUAUGGAGAUCUCGGAGGGUGUUAUCCGGCGAAGCCGUAUCCCUCCUUGAUCUCCAUAAUUCUUCAUAAGAUACUCAGCCUCAUUCAUUAAUUGUUAAGUAUAUAGCCUUUCAUAGACUUCCACUCCUGCAAAUCAAGUAUUAAAAACAAGACCUUGCAUCGUUUGUUUAAAAAGGAGAGGACAUUUUUUUGAGACUUUAUUACUAUUUUGGCUUAGAAUUGUUAUUGUCUUCCUUAAUUUUCAGUUCUGAACAUAAAGACAUUGUUCAAAGUGGCUGCAGGGGGUACAAUUAUAGCGUCUGCCUAUCAGCUACUGAGGCGUGGCUGCACAUAUGAUCAGUUCGUAACUGCUGUUAAUACCUGCGUCCUUCCUGCUGGCGUUAAACUGAUGCAAAUAGCUGAAGGGAGCGUGAUCCUCAAAGUUCAAGCCGAAAACAUUUCAGCUCUUAACGCCUUGUGGUGUUUAUACAGAGACGGGACGCUUAAAGAAUCAUUCCAAGCUUUGUUUUUCAUUGAUGAAUUGAGAGAACUUACCGGGAAAGAACAAGUUGAAGUGAUUGUGACAAUCGACGAAGAGGAAUACGACAAAGCCCGUGAGGAGUUAAUCAGUGAAGCACAAGGUGAUUUUUCUUUUUUUUGGAGUUAACAUUAACGCACGGUUGAUGCCUAAUUUCAUCUUCAAACCUGGAAAAGUGUUAGAAGAGGAAAAUCAUUUUAGUUAUGAACUUGGAUAGCACUGAACCCGGAAAAAUCAUUAUAUGAUUAGAUGGGUAUUUUGGAUGCUCUGUUUUCCUUACGUCAGUUCGCUCUCUUUUCACAUGCAGCAGCUUCUUUGGGUUUCGGGGAGGCUGAGAAGAGAGAAAAAGAAAGCGCGAGUGGGGACGCCUUUCCCUCUUUCCAACGUUCCCCGCGCGUCUACAAUAAUUAUUUUUAUUAUUAUCUUUUUUUUUUCAUGGAAUCCCUGAGGGAGCCUCUGUUUAGGAGAGAGAGAGAGUUAUGUUCAUUAUUUUGUUUUCCUUUACACUUGGUUUAAUUCUAUCAUGUAAAGGUCCUGUUGUGCAGAGGGAGGAGUGGCAGGAGAAAGUAGCUUACAUUCAGAAUUAUUUAGCACAAACCAAGGAUAUUGAUACACAAAGCUUCACAACAGAAACGAGCGACAGUGGAAUAUCGAGAUCACAUGCUGCUCCUUCUGAACUUGGCGGACCUGAGGAAGCCAGCGGUAAGAUUUCACUUAAAUUUUGGUAGAGGUUGUAUUUAAAAUAAAGUCUAAUUGCAGAUAUGUUCGCACAGUUUCAUCUUUUUUUCAAGUUCAAGUUUAUUUAUUAUAUAUAAAAACGAUUACAAUCAAAUCGAACUGACCUGUAGGUAGCUAAACUAAUCGAGGCAGGUCAGUCUCAAACGUUCUAAAUAUUACAGAUUUCAGAAAAGAGAUUAACAAACUCAGUAACAGUAUUUCAAAAAAAAGGGAGAAACGUUUAAGUAAUAUGGUUCCACAUGAAACAAAAAAGGAAAACUAAUUAAAGGACCAAAAAAAAAGAAACUAUUAUGAUAGGUACUAGAUAUAUAAAGAGAAAAGAAUUGUAAGUUAAAGUUUGGCCAUGAUUUUAUCACUAUCUAGUACUAAUAGUUGUCUUCGGUUUUCAGUAUAUGUAAUAAAGUUCCUUUAACUUUUUUGCUGAAGGUCUUCUUUGAUAUAUUUUUAAAGCUAUUUGGCAUAUCAAUCCAUAUCUUUGCGCCAACAUGAGAGAACGCAUUCUUUUGUAUAUAAAGUCAAAAUUUUUUUCUGUAGAAGUGUUGUGAAUUCGAAGUUGAUGAGCGUGUAGAGUAGUGAUGUGAAUUUGAUGUCCUUGAAAACAAGUUCAAAAUAUUUAUCGGUGCAUUUCUUUCGUCUAUGUCGUGCAUUCAGUUUAAGACGGAUUCAUAAUACAAGAAAUUUAAUGGCAUUAAAAAGCGCUUCUGUGAUUACCAUGAGAUUCUGUAUUCGGGUAUUCUAGGACAAAAUGUAUCGAAGUCGCGAGGAACGCAACGACGCCGGAUAUUUAACAAUUAUUCCACGAGGGCGCGUUGGAUAUGAGAUGAUAGAUAGCCAACGAGGCGCAUAGCGCCGAGUUGGCUAUAAUCAUUUCAUAUCCAACAAGCCCGAGUGGAAUAAUUGUUUUAUUAAAAACGCCCACAAAAUCUCGUUGAAUCGCCUCGACUAGAACAAACCGGAAAAGACAAAGGACUUCCGCUAUUGACAUGUCACACGUCUAUCAAAACUGUCAACGCGCGAACGGACUCGCCUAGACUGCAUGAAUGAAAAAUCAAAACAUUGUGCGAUGAACAUUAGUUUUUUAAAAACUCAUCGUGAUUCUAGGAUUUUACACAGCAGAACAGCUUAAAAAACCUGGCAGAUAAUGUGAAGGAAAAGAAUUUUUAAGUGACAGCCGUCGAAAUUACUAUGAAUUUGGAUUUUCGGUGCAGUUAUAAAAGUAAGAACAACGGAGAAAAACUACCGGUAUUACCUCGGUCGCUUGUUAUGAAGUUGUUUGAAGCCACAAGCUGAUUUUGCUGAAUGAGAAAAGAAGCUAUACUGCCGCCUCGAUUGCUCUAGUGAAUGGCUGCAUAGCCUGUAUUUGUAGCUGGUUACUCGUGAUUUAUAUUCUUGAUGUCGGAUAAACAAGCUGCAGUUAUCUAUCGGCGAGUGACUCGAUCGACGAAUGGCUUCGCGAUCAUGAAGAAACAACACUUGUCUUCUUUCGUAGCUGGUCAAGGUACUUUAGUUCCAUGUGUUUUCAUGUGUUUUUCGACAAACUUUCAAACAAGCUCUUGUGGCUUUUUUGUUUGUUUUUGUCUUUUUUCUUUCGUUGAAAUUGCAUUUCUAGUAUUCUAAGAAAUGAAUUAAAACGAUUUGCUUCGGGCGCCGUUCUAUCCUUCGCGAAAAAAAAUCUCAGCUAGCUUCCAAUUUUAAACUGACGCGUACACCGACCAUAUAUGGAGAACAUGGUAUAUUAGCUCAUAUACCAUAACGGCUAAGCCAAUCAAAAUGCUAGAAUUGCAUUAUCCAAUGAUUCAGUUUUUAAUAAUGUAGAUUAUAAACGCGACGAUCACAUCGCCAUGCCAUUCUGCCUAAGUUUGACAACAUUAGUCGUACGAUGACAACAAAGAAAUCUACCAAAAAGUGUCAUAUUCGUGGUUGCUCAUGCUCGCUGAUAGCGUUACCGCGCAAAAAAAAAAAAUUGAUAUCAGAUGAUUUCAUUGAAAAACUGGCGAUUUGAUGGAAACACGCGACGAAUAUAUACGGAUAUUUAGAUUCAAAUCUACAAAGGCACCACCGUAAUCAUCACCUCUUUUAGUACAGUAUUACAUGAGAAUGUUUGGUUGUUUGUGACGUUCUGCACGAACACUUGGCUAUAACUAUUCUUCGCUGUAACUGCGCUGGUUGAUUUUUCCAAAUUUUCAAUUGAUUUCUUGGCCAUUCUUAGUGGGUCAAUUUCAGAGGUCCGCAGACAGGUCCGGACUAAAAGAAAAUUUAGGGAAAGCGUGAUUAGUUUCUUUUUUAGCUUUUUCAUUUUUCCUAGAUCCCAUUUCCAAUCUUUGCUUAAAAGAUCUGAGUAAACAAGUGAGGGCAGAACUGGCAUGCAGACUUCAAGCGGAUCCUACUGCUCUGCAGCUAUUUUACCAGGCUUUUGGGCUGGAUCCUGAGAAACUGCUCCCCUUUAUGCUGAACAAGAUCGCCGUAUUCCUUCCUUACACCCCAGUCGAGCUGUUAAAAGACGUUUUUCAGGAGUUGCAGUUGUAUGACCUCGUGGAAAUGUUGGAGCAAGUAAAAUCGCGCUCACUUCGUCCUUCUCUUCCCCUGAAAGAAAUGAAGAAGUUAUUAAACGUAAGUGGUCGUCCUUCAAAGUUUUACAAUAAAGCACAAGUUUUGAUUAUCGAGCAGUCUGACAGGAAUGCUGUUGUAGACGCUUUUCCUGAUGUUGAGGGAAUUGGAAGUUUUUUUAAAGCUCUAAAUUCACAGAGCCAAAUAACUAAAUUAACAGUGAAGGCUGCAGGACAAACGGAGAGUGAGCUGAUAAUCUUGAAGGAUAGAAAGACAAGGGAAGACCACCGUGACUUGAUCGCAAAAGCAAAGGAAGCUGCAUUCAAAGAGCAUCUGGAAGGUAAAGCGGGUGUCAGUUACUCCAACGUAAUUGGUCUUUGUGGAUUUGGGGGACUACAUGAACUUAAUACUGAACUUAGAGAGUUGAGUCACGAAGAAAGACCGGCGAUAAAAAAACGUCUUGAAAAGGUAAUAGAGGAAAGAGAGCAGAGAAAAAUGGAAAUAGAGGAAAUCGUGAAGGAGAUACAACAGAAGGAGGAAGAAAUAAAAAGACAUCAUCAGGGAGAGAAAGAAGAAUUCCAAGCGGCCGUCUCAACCGUCAUGGACAAAUGGAUUCGUCAAGCGAAAGAUGAGGGUUAGUUGAUUUUGUAUUGUUGACUUACUUCUCGCGAUUAUUUGUCUUCUAGUUAGAGGGCUGCCCAGUUAUAAAUUCGGUUUUCGGUCGUCUGUGCAGAAAUACGGUCCCCCGGGGAAGGGAAGACACGCGGGUCUGGUACCAAGAAACGAUGUUCUCACAAAUGGUUUCAUACGAUUUCCCUUGCACUGACUCUUGUACGAAUACUUUUUGUACCUCGUCUCCGCCCCCAGAAACCCAGAAGGCGUUGCGAACCUGAAGAAAGCUAUUUGCGUUGUUCGAAGCGAUUCGAUCGGUCGGCAUUAGAUUCUACCCACCAAAACCACAUCGAUCGAGAGGGACUGAGAUUGACUUUUGGACACCUUGUGACAUGUUAUACCAACGAAAGAUGCCUACGAUGUUUUGACGUAUUCGCCUCCCGGGGAUUCGCCUUUCUUUUGCUUUGGGCUUAAUAAUAUUUGGGAGAUCGAGUUCUCGCCAACAAAGGGUGAAUAUAACGAGUAUAACUGUAUUUUGGCAAAUAUUGUACGUGAAGUUUUAAAAUAUGUUUCAGAUUUCAUGGGUUUACGUGAUACACAUCUAGCACCGAACACUGUCGGUGGUUUUGGUGGAUGUUGAAGUCUACAUCCACCAAAACCACUCAGGGUUUUAAUUUUUUUAGGCGCAUAGUUACGCUUCUGCAAAGUACUGACGGACUUUUUUAAGACCAUACUCAUAAAGCAUAAUAAUUAUUGACACAAACAAAAUUUUAAUCAUGGUUUUUAUAUAAUUAUAUAUAAGUUGUUAUUAUUUACACAUACAAACUAUUUUAUUUUCUUAUUAUUAUUUAUUAUUUUUUUAAUGUGCACUUGUGAGCAGCACACUUACACUUCCAGUGAACAUUUUCACUUGGGAGAAGGAGAAACCAUGCUUGCCCGGGGCAACGAAAAUUUUCGUGCCCUGGCGAGAGUCGAACUCGCGACCUUCCAAAUCCCAUCAUCAGUCCCGGGAAACAAACAGGAACAUCAUGGCGGGAAUUUUAAGUUACGAACCCGCGUUCGAUAGGAAAAUUGCUGCGAAUUUUGGAUAUGUUUCUGAAGUUCAAAAGCCAACUGACGAUUGCGUUUUUCGCUGCCGUCAAUCAUCUUAACGGACCUCUUAGGAAACAAGACUUUACUUUAAUGGGUUCAAAAGGUCAAGUUUUGUGAUUUGUGAUUGGUGGAUUUCGAUCCGUUUUGUGUUUUUCUGUGUUUCAAGGUUCUUUGCUUGUGGUCGUAAUUAUGAUUGACGGCAGCGAAAAACGCAAUUGCGAAGGCGACUUUUGAACUUUAGAGUUCGCAUGUUUGUGAAAAGCGCAGUAAAGCUGUAUUAUGUACAUUCAUAAGUCUCAGAAAUUUAGAAUUUUGGAGGUCAAUACAUGUAGACUGGAAUGCUAAAAUCCAUGCCGGAAAGAAACUUCUUCUUGCAGGGGGUGGGGGGAGUAUAAAGCUCGCGCUAUUUACACCUAGCUAUAUAUCCUGGUUCCAGAGGUUGUUCCUGAUUUUUCUCCGCGUGAGAAAGAACGAGCACUUACCAGCGAGCUUCGCGAUUCGUUCUCGCCGCUCGUUGCUCGUUUCCAACAUCUUACUAACAUCUCAGUCAUUAUGUAUGAAACUGUAUCCCCUGAUAUAUUUUUGCCCCCCCCACGUGAAAUGAACGCAGCCUUUCUCGAGCCUUUCUCUUUCUUUCAGCUCCCAGUACAGAAGUGUAGUACACUCUGCUGGUAUAGUAGAAUUCCGACUUCACUAACGCUAGAGCCCUAAUGGUUCAGUGGUUAGAACGUCCGAUCUAGUAUUCGGAUGUUCGGUUGUUCGUGCAUAUCAUCCGUACAUUUUCCGAGAAUCUUCGGUUACGACUUUUAAGUUAUUCAAAAUUUAAUCUCAGUCCCUCUCGAUCGAUGUGGUUUUGGUGGGUAGAAUCUAAUGCCGACACUCUAUAAGUUUUGUCGUUGUUCGAGUUUAAGUCAGUUGAUGAUGUUGGCGCUGGGAAACUCGGAGAAAUGCUCACGUUGCAUACGAACCCACACGCCUUCCACGGUAGGUUCACGCUAAAAGAUGACUGUGAGCUUCGGGUUUGGAACGCCGGGGCCGUUUCGUGAACUCAAAGAGAGAAUUAUCGAUCGAUGUAGUACAUGAGCAAUUAAUAAGCACAAUUUAUGAGCAAAGUAUUUCACCAGUUGACGACACUAUGGCUAAAGACUUGAUUGUAAGCUGUCGUACUCAGUGAGGCGAACAACUCAAUUACCGAUGAAUGUCAGGUGAAUCCUGAUGUUACGAAAUGGACGUCCAUGAGCUGCAUGAGCGAGGGACGUGACGACUUUGCGCGCCAUGUUAGAAGACUGGCUUUUCCUUUAAAUAUUUCCUUCUAUUUAAUGCAACACAAGCCACUUUGGAGGUCUAAAUUUCGGAUACUGACGAUAAAGAAGACACGGACAAAAAUAGGAACUUUGAGAUUUUCGCACACGACUUCAAAGCUUCACCGGGACAUCCCAUCCGGGAGCUUCACAAAGACGAACUUGAGGUAAAUUUGAAUAAUUAAACGAGACUUACCUGUAAGUUGAAGUUUGAUUGAGAUUCUACCGUAGCAUUUGCAGAAAUGAAGAGAUCACAUGAGAUAGCAAGUCACGUGACUUCGAGCUCAGUCUUGAAAGCAUAUUUUUUUUUUUUUUUUUUUUUUUUUGAGGAGUCCUGUAGACCACCCCAUAGAUGAAUAGUAAAUAUAUGGUGUAUGCAACACCAUAGGAUGAUAUGAACAGGGGAAGGGGAAGGGAGGGAUGUGAUCUCUUCAUUUCUGCAAAUGCUACGGUAGAAUCUCAAUCAAACUUCAACUUACAGGUAAGUCUCGUUUAAUUAUUCAAUUCUACCUCGCAUUUGCAUACAUUCUGAGAUCACAUGAGAUUUUAGAGCUCUAUAGGGCUCUCAAAAAAUAAAGAAUACACAUUCCAGAUAAGGAAACGUAAGCAUGGCAUUUAUUACCAAGGCACUAAUUCUUUCCCAGUACACUGUUGGCAAAAGAACUAUCAUUUAACAGUGGUUUGUUAUAAUAAACAGCAAACACAGAGCUUGAACGCCAGCCAGCUGUGGUCAUAAUUUCAUCUAGAGGAACAUCAGCUGACUUUGCAGCAGAAGUGGCUGCACUUCUGGUGGAGUGAGGCUUAAAAACAGAAGUAUUAAUUCCAGCGUCAAGCAUAACUUGUUUGAGCCACCUAGAAAUAGUGUCUUUAGAAGCAGGCCCAUGAGGCUUGCAGUGGCAAAUCAGGAGUUGAGAACAUGAACCCCUUAAGUUAGAAGUUCUAAUAAGAUACUCUUGUAACAAUGUAAAAACGCAAAGAGUUUUAUCAUGGUCAUAUUUCUUCAACACAAUAGGUGGCAGGUGUCUUUGCCUGCCACCAUGAGCACUUGUUUGCUUUAGAAUGGAAGUAAUUUGAAAAACAUAUUCUCCAUCUUUAGAUUGCAUGUCAUUGAUUGACAGCAACUUAAGAGUCUGUGUUCGUUGUGCAGUAACCAAGGCCAAAAUCAUAGUCAGUUUCAAAGUCAAUUGCUUCAGAGACAUUUCCUUGGUGUCAGGAUAGCCCUUGAGGUGGCUGAGAACAAUUUGGGGGUUCCAUGUUUCCACAUAUCUGGGAAAAGUUGGUUUCCUGUUGAAAGCACCCGACAUAAAACGUGAAAUAAUAGGGUGUUCUCCUACUUUGAAGCCAUCAAUAUUGAUGAAUGAGGAAAGAGCACUUCUAGUGGUCCCUAGAGCACUGUAGCUAAGCUUUUUGGACUGAAGAGUUAGAAAGUUCAACAGUUGUGGUAAUGAAGGUGUUGUAAUGCUGAUCUUCUGUUCUUUACAGUAAGUUAUCCAAGCUGAUAUGCUGGAUCUGUAUUGCUUCUGGGUACUUUCUCGCCAAGAAUCAAUAAUAAUGUUCAAAGUUUCACCAGUUAUUCCUUGCAGCUGGAGGGAUUUCCUGACACAAGACAGCCAAUCAGUCGGAGCUUGGGGUAGAGGGGAUGGACGUUCUUGACAUCGUGGGGAAGGGUCAGGGUUGACUUCUGCAGCUUUAUUCGGUGUAGAGGCGCCACUAGCAUUGACUUAUUCGUGGGUACCAAAACUGUGUUGGCCAGUCGGGGAGAACUAGGAUUGCUGUUGUCUUGGAGAAUAUUAUCUUCUGAAGUACUUUCCCAAUAACACUGAAAGGUGGGAAGCAGUAAACAAGUUUAAACACAGACCAGUCAAGUGUAAAGGCAUCAAUAAAAUGGGCACAUGGGUCAGGUUUCCAUGCUGCGUAGCAGGGCAGUUUUGCAUUCAACCGUGAUGCAAAAAGAUCAAUCUCAGGAUUACCCCAUUUAGUAAUUAAGCUGUUAUAAACAUGAGUGUCUAAUGACCAUUCCGUGUCAUCAUGAAAAUGUCUACUUGCUAGGUCAGCUUCAACAUUAAGUUUUCCAGGUAAAUGGGUGACAGCUAAGGAUAUGCCCCUGUCUUUGCACCACAGAAGAGUUUCUCUUGCAAUCUCAUUACAGUCCCGAGAGUGAGUGCCACCCAUAUUUCUCAAGUAGGAAACCGCUGUUUGGUUAUCAGACAAUACUUUGAUGUUACAGUUUGUUAAGUCUGAGCACAAGGACUGAAGGCCAAACAGGACUGCUUUUAUCUCCAAAUAGUUUAUGUGGCACAUACUCUCACUGUGGGACCAUCGCCCAUUUGCGGCAAGGGAAGAAUUUUCAAUAACACUUCCCCAUCCUUCUAGAGAGCUAUCACAUUUAAGGGUUAAUUUGUAUUUCAUAGGCCGGACAGAGCAUGGAUCAUUGUCAAUAUUUGAAAGCCACCAAGACAUGUCUUUCUUAGCUAUAUCAGAGAUGAGCAUUCUGUCAUCUAAGUUCCACCCAUUCGUCUUUAAAGCAUCAGUUUUGUCAUUUUCAAGAGCACGGUAAUACAGUGGGCCAUAUUUGACUCCAGGAAAACAUGACACCAUUUGCCCAACUACAGAUGCAACCUCUCGAAUAAGAGGCUGCUCCGUUCUGAGGAGCUGUAAAAUGGCUGAUUUCGCUUUAUCAGCCUUGUCCGAUUUCAUAGAGACUGUCAUCACAACCGAGUCUAAAAUGAAACCCAGGAAAUUGACUCUCUGGGAUGGGACAAGUUGGGAUUUAUCAGAAUGGAUGGUGAAUCCCAGAGACUGCAACAAUGUAAUAGCCCUUUGUAUAAAUAUAACCAAUGUCUGAGGGUCAUCGGCAAAAAGUAUAAUGUCAUCAAUGUAAAUUACUAGAAGCACCCCCUCCUCCCUUAAUUUGGCAAGGGCAGGUUUUAACAAUUUGGUAAAAAUUCUGGGUGCACUAGAGAGGCCAUUAGGAAGGCAAACAAAUUCAUAAAGUUGGCCUUCGUGCUCGAAACGAAGGUAUUUUCUGUCCUCAGUCCUAAUAGGAACAGAGUAGUAUGCGUCUUUUAGGUCUAAGACAGCCAUCCAACAAUUAGGCUUCAUAAGUUGAAAUGCGUGAGGCAGUGAAUCCAUCUUGAAGUGAUGGUACUCAAUAUGCUCAUUUAGCUUUUUCAAGUUCAAAAUAAGACGGUGAGACCCCAUUUUUUGGGCCUGGUGAAAAUUGUUGAGAUAAAUUCACCAGGAACAUGAGUAGCUUUCCUAAUGACCCCUUUAGUUAAAAGCUUGUUAAUUUCAGUAGUAGCAAUAUCUGUCUCUUUACAAGAAAGUUUGACAGCUCUAGGGGUGAGCGCCUGGCAAGGAGGGUUGCAAAACUCUAGUUGGUAACCCUUAACGAUGCGUAAAAUGUAGGGGUCAGACGUGAGCGUCUGCCAAGCACUGAAAUGCUUAGCUAUGUUUCCAGCAAUAUAUACAUUGGUACAAAGAGGCGAACAUAUACUUACUGUGCUAGUAGCUGGCAGCAAGUGUUCUAUUGGCUUGUCCGGGUUGUCUUGUCCCGGUUGGCAUUGUUCUUGGAUUUCCAAGGUUUGAAGUUGUUGCCUCUCCAGUUUUUUGACUGCUUAUAGCCAUUAUAGCUGUUAUUGCCAGGUCUUCCUGGAGAAGGGCGAUGCCCUUUAUAAUUAGGGGUGAUCUUGGCCCUGAUUUUUUUUUGAUCGCCAAUAUCUUUCAAAUGCUUUUGUAGAUCAUCUCCAAAGAGAAAAUCUGUAAAUGGCAAUUGGGAGGAGCAGAGAGCUGAGUAUUCCCUCCCAAUAUCUGGUCUCAGUAGAAGAUGGCGCUGCAUGUUUAUUUCAUAAGAGGCAUGAGUGAGGAGGGACAUGGCCUCCAGCCCCUGUUUCUUUAGGUCUUGGCAUUCAUCAGCAUUAAGCGAUUUUGCCUGCAUAAGCUUGUCCGUGAUUCGGACAACUGGCAGGAUGCCUUUUGUGAGGGCUUGUUGUAUUUUGAAAAAUUGUAAAUCCCUCUUCUUAGUUGGCUCUCUCAGUCGACGCCAAAUGCCCGGGUUUACCUUUGGGAGGCUUGGCUGUAGUACAAUUAGCCGGUCUCUCCUGCCUCUCAAGCCGGUCUUUGAGAUUUUUCUCGCUUAGUUUGCAGCGGAACAUUUUGUCAACUAGCUUGGCUAGUUUCUCAUUUUCGAGGCUUUCGCCCACGAUAUCGUCAGACUCGUAUUCUUUUAGGAGUUCCGAGAGGAAAUCAUCCUCAUCACCACUACGAGUGGUGUUUUGCUCUGACUCAUCACUGUUGUUGUUUAACACAGAGUCAUAGAGUUUCUCGCAGUCAGUUGACUGGUCGGAGGCGCUCGUGGAGCUUCUCGCCUCGCCAUCUUUGUUUUUUGCUUUUUUGGCGGGAACAGCGUUUGGAGAUUUGCUCGCCGGCCGUUUCCCUUUGUCUUUUGUCUCUCCCCGCGGCGAAUUGAUGAGUUCUGGCAGGCUUUUCGUCAGGCCUAGAAUUGCGUGGGUGAGUUGGCUAAUUUCUUCCGAAGAAGCGGCUGUUUUGUCCUGGAGUUGUCGGGAAGCGUGUGCAGGCACCGCGUUGCGUUCGUCGGGUAGCGAAUCCUUGUUUAUCUGGUCGUCUUCGCCCUCGUCCUCAAUUUCGUCGGCGAGGAGAUCGUCCUCAGAUUGUUUUGACAUCGCUAAUAUCUUCGGCUUGAGGCUCUGAACGAGAAAUGGAUGAAAUUUCUGAAAAUUUUGUGGGAGCGACUAGUGCUCCAAGCGACCUUGCCCGAAAUCAAACUCGCACUGAGCUCGAAGUCACGUGACUUGCUAUCUCAUGUGAUCUCAGAAUGUAUGCAAAUGCGAGGUAGAAUGGAGCUAUUACUGGCAAGGUUUGGUGACUGAGUAGAGCAUGGCCGUAGAGCAUACAAGUGUAGCCCAGGUCGAGGUUUUAGGGUGUUUGCUUUUGUUUGUAUCUGUAUCUUGCCAAGCUUUUAUCAUUAAAUUUGUACAUGAUCUUGUUAACACAAUUUUGUGUUUUCGCCCAUUCAGCAAGCACGACAUACUUAAUGUCAGCAUUAGCGAGUUUCAAAAAACCUGCCUUUGUAAAUUUUCAGCUUGCGUGAUGUUCCUUGUACCAUUUUAUGGAGAUGUAAACUUAAGUCACCGCAAAAUGGGAACUUAAAAAAGGGUAUAAUCCAUUUAUCUCGAAACAUAAUACACAUGACUUACACGACCUUUAUUUUCCUAAGGGUGUUUUGAAUACGAACGAACACAGUAAAUGUGAGGGGCAAAAACAGUAUUAAUAUGAAUGAACCAAAGGGUUUUACUUGAUGUAAGGGUCAAUUAUUGCGCAUUGAGAUGUAUUGCUUGAAAAGAAAGAGUUCGUGCUCAUGUGAUCAGAAGUAAACAAGGGCACAUAGUGCGUUACGUUCAGUCUAUUUAAUAUCCAAGGACUGUGAAUAGUGUUUCCAUAUUUUUUAGCUGGCACAAAAACGUCGGAGGAGUUAUAAAGCGGCAUAGUUAUCUACCAUGAAGGAAAGUUAGUCAUGGGUGAGACAAACAGCGAACUCGAGCGAAUUUUUAACGGAUAUCGGUAUCAGGUAAAAAAUAUGUUAGCGAUCGUUUCAUCUAUUUACAUUGUUUAAAGUGCGUGCUGAUGAAAGCAACAUGCGAGCAAGGAUUUUAUUCCUUUAAGUUUGAGAAAAAUACCAAGAAGAAAAUCUUAAAGCUGAAUAUUUUUUUAUCUUGUGGAAAAAAUAGUGCGUUUUCAUGUAGACUGUAGACCGCAAAUUAGUAUCGUCUAUUUAAAGUCUGAGGGUUGCAGUCAGUGAGGCUCCUGCGUUGGGAACAAUGGGCAGUUGGCUGCUGUUUUAGUAAACUUCUGGUUUUCUUACAAUACAAUAUUUCUCUCUAGUGUAAAUCACCCAGUGGCGAGUAGCUGACCCUGUCGCAUUUUAUUGUUGGUUUUCACAUGACGUCACUAAAAUUCAAACUAAAAAACUAUCGAUCCUACCGAGAUUUUUCUUUCCCGAUGCAUUAGAGCAGCUGAAAACUAAUUUUCCUACAAUUUUUUUGUUCAAAACAGGGUUCUUGGUUUUGUAAUAGAGUACGCUUGAAUUUCUAAGCUUUUGCGUGACGCGGCAUUUACAUGACGGCCAAGACAGCUGUCCUGUAGGUUAAAAAAAUGACUUAUUUCAGGAAAUUUUGCUAUCUAAACAGUUCAUGUAUUAGAAAAAGAAUUACUUUAAUGUUUAUGAGUUUCUCUAAGAAUAAAUUCACGCUUUUGUAGCAAAACUCGGUAACAGAUGUUUCUGUUGGUUUUCGUCCGCCAUGUUGGAGCUCAUCCAGGUGAGCACCAGCAUGGCGUCUCCAUACAAAUAUCUAUAAGUUUGCGUAAAAUAUUUUUUCGGAUAUCUCGUAUACGAAAUAUUCCUCUGACCUGAAUCUUGGUGAGGGUCUUUGUAUAUGCAUCUCCUUUCAUGUCCCGACUUC